AGGUUUUGGUUCCGUCCAGCUGCUGUUCUAGAUUUACUCAAACCAACGCGCGUUCGUGGCGGGACAACAAAAAGCUGCGCAGAGAGUCAGGAGGCGCGCGACCUGAGACCAAAGGUCAGCCGUGAAGACCGGAAGUAGAAGUGAUUGCUCCACUGCAACUGUGGCUCUGAUGGAAGAAUCCAGUGUCCCGUGCCUUCACCUGCUGACCCUCCACAGAGAGCUGCUGGUGUCCACGAUCACUAGCAUCCAGUGCCUGCUACACAACCUGCUGCUGAAUGGCUUUUUCUGCCAGGAAGAUGUGGAGAUUGUUCAGCGAAUCCCCACCAAACCAGACAAGGUGCGUAAAGUCCUGGAGCUGGUGCAGUGUAAGGGGGAGGAGGCCUGCGAGUUCUUCCUCUAUGUCAUUUACAAAGUGUGUGAUGCAUACCGAGACCUGCAGCCAUGGCUGGAGGACAUCAACUACAAACCAAGUGGCAGUGUCAUUGGGACAGAAGUGGUUAACAGCGACCCCAUCAGCAGGUACAGCCAGAAGCUGCGGCACGAGAUCAGCCGGGACACCAGCUUCAUCAUGUCGUAUGGGCAGCAGGAGGAGACCCGGCUAGAAGACCUCUACACGGACACAGUGAUGGAGCUACUAAACGACACUAAUGAGAGCCUGGGCUUCUUGGAGAACCUGAACCAGCUCUUGGGAGAUGAUGCGGUCUUCAAUCCGCAGGGGGAAGUCAUUUAUGUGAUGGGAGAUGCUGGAGUGGGAAAGUCCAUCCUCCUGCAAAAGUUCGCGAACCUCUGGUCCAAGAAGGAGCUGAAGACCGAUGCCCUCUUCUUUUUCAAGUUUCGCUGCAGGAUGUUCAGCAUCUUCAAGGAUGCAGAGGAGAUCUCCCUCAGGAACCUUUUGUUCAAAUAUAACUGUUACCCAGACCACGACCCAGACAACGAAGUCUUUGAUUACAUCCUGCGCUUUCCUGAGAAAGUUGUUUUCACUUUUGAUGGCUUUGAUGAAAUACAGGAGGAUGUGGACAUUCUGAAAAUUCCUGAAGUGGUGUCACCAGAAGCCAAUGCCAACGCCCUUCAGCUGCUCAUGAGCCUUCUGAGUGGGAAGCUGCUGAAGGGCUCCAACAAGGUGAUGACGGCGCGAACAGGGAUUGAGAUCCAAAGUAGGGUGAUCCGGAAGAAGGUAGCUCUCCGAGGGUUCUCUCCAGACCACCUGAAGGCUUACAUCAAUCUUCACUUCAAGGAGCAGGAGCAUCGAGAGCUUGUGUCAGUUCAGCUGGAUGCCAGCCCCCACCUCUGCGGCCUGUGCUCCACCCCCCUCUUCUGUUGGAUCGUCUUCAAGAGCUUCAGGCACCUGCAGACCAUGCACGAUGACUUUCACCUGCCUGACACCUGCAUCACGCUGACAAACAUCUUCCUGCUGCUGUGUGAGGUCUUCCUCAGCCGCUUGGCCUCACCGGCUGCCUCCUCCCUGAAGAAAAGCACUCGGUGCACCUCAGAAACCUUCAGAGCCGGACUCAGACCCCUCACCGCCUUUUCAAAACUGGCCCUGCAGGGCUUGGAGCGCGGCAGCUUUAUCUGCAGCCAGGAGGAGAUCAGUGAGUGUGGUCUGACAGAGGAGGACUUGUCUUUGGGGUUCCUGAGACCUGUCAGUGACUAUGACUCCAGCGGAGGCCCUGCGAACUUUGAAUUCAUUCACAUCACCCUGCAGUCGUUCCUGGCAGCGUUUGCUCUUGUGCUGGAAGAACAGACCUCUACAGACUUCAUCCUCAAGUUCUUCAGCGAGUGCAGCUGGAGGCAAGAGGUGUCUUGCACGCCCUUGCCAUUCUGCAUCGGCCGCCCUGUGAAUUUGAGCCUGAACAAACCAUUUUCCACCAAUGAGCACUUCCUGUUCACCAAUCUGUUCUUGUGUGGGCUUCUGGCAAAGUCUCAGCUAGGCUUGAUGGGACAUCUGGUAUGCCCUGCUUUACUGCGGAGGAAACGAGCUACACUGAAGUCUUACCUGUCCACGGUGGUCCGGAGCCACAUGCAGGGCUUACCCACUUACAAAGGGGAUGACGGCACCAAGGUUCACGUUCUGCCCAACUUUCUCUGGAUGGUGCGGUGCAUCUUUGAGACGGGCAGCAGACAGAUUGCUCAGAUGACAGCCAAAGGCAUCACGCCGUACUUCAUCAAGCUAGGAUACUGUAACGUGUACUCGGGCGACUGUACCGCCCUCAACUUUGUCCUGCAGCACCACCGGACGCUCCUGCGGCUCGACAUGGACAACAACAACAUCAGUGACUAUGGAGUGAAGCAGCUCCGGCCGUCCUUCAGCAGGAUGACCGUGGUGCGGUUGUGCGUUAACAGGCUGUCAGACAGCAGCAUAGAGAUUUUGGCUGAAGAACUGUGCAAGCACAAAGUUGUGGAAAUUUUGGGGCUUUACAACAAUAACAUCACAGAUGUGGGAGCCAAACUGGUGGCUCACAUAGUCGAGGAAUGCCCCAAGCUGGCGGUGCUCAAGAUUGGUAAAAACAAGAUCACGGGCGUAGGUGGAAGAUAUCUGGCCAUUGCCAUUCAGAAGAGCAGGUCCAUUUUUGACGUGGGGAUGUGGGGGAAUAGCAUUGGGGACGAGGGUGCAGAGGCUUUCGCCAAAGCCUUAAGGAACCACCCCACACUCACCAACCUCAGCCUGGCAGCCAAUGGCAUCACAUCCAGAGGAGGGAGGAGCCUGGCAGAGGCGCUGAAGGAGAACACGGUCCUCAGAAUAUUCUGGUUGGUGGAGAACCAGUUGGGGGAUGACGCCGCUCCAACCUUAGCUGAGCUGGUCCGAGCAAACACAGGUCUAAGCCACCUCUGGUUGAUCAACAACCUGCUGACGGCGGUGGGGACGCGGCAGCUCGCAGAGGCCCUCGCUGAGAACACAAAGCUUAAGGAGAUCUGUGUAAAGGGGAACCAGAUCUCUAAGGAGGAGGAGGAGGAGUUUCUUCUGGAGCGGCGGCUGCGUUUUCACUGACUGGACUUCUGGAGCUCUGGCUUCACCCAAACAGAAGUGGUCUAGUUCUGAUGUUAGUGGGGUUGAACUGUAGCAGCUUGGCACCCACAGCCAGGUUCUGCUGUAAAUGUCAUUAUGAUCUUCAGUCCUGAGCAUUAAAAGAAAAUGGAAAUAGUGAA